AUGUCACUGCUAAAGACACUGCUACUGUCCGCCUCCCUAGGGUGGACUUUGACCGUAUACGCCGCGGAACCUUCAACAUCACCAUCGAUAACGACGACUUGCACAACGGCAGACGCCGUCUCUUCAACAUCAAGCGUAGACAGUCAGAGGGAUCCAACAACUUACAGCCUGUACGCGCCCCACGUCGAGUCGACGCACACUGGACUCCUUCUCCCCGGGCCAGAGAUCAUCUCAAGUGGCGGUCCAGCUUCUGCAUAUUCAUCGUUCCCCAGCCAAGAUUCAGCUCCAGACUCCACCAUUGCACCACCAGUCGCUCCUGUUGCUGUCACGGCUAAAUCGGAGCCCUCUCUCGACGCACCGACAAGCGGUGGUUCAGCAUCGGCGUACUCGCCUUUCCCAGUCCAUCCAAGUCCAAGCACCUACUCCGCGCCAGAACCGACUCCUGCCGUGGUCGUCGUCGCUAAAACGAGAUCCUCCCUCGAAGUACCAGGAGGCAAGCCUUCUGCGUAUACUACCGUCGUUGCUAGCCUGGGGUCCUCUCUCGACGUAUCAGGAGGCCCACCUUCUGCGCAUCCGCCUGUUCCCGGGAGUCCUGUGGCGGACCAUAGCUCCACGAAAUACAUUGCCCCCGUUGUAGCCACGGCCGUGACAAGAUCUUCUCUCGAAGUACCGGGUGGUGCUCCAGACAUCGAGUCUACAGCGUCGCCUCCUGGCCCGACGGCGAUGUACGUCGACCUUUCAGGCGGCCAGACGUUGCAUCCGGGCUCUUCAGGCAUUGUGAUGCAGGGUACAACUUACUCUUUGCCGGCCUCGGCGAGCGAUGCGAACAAUGUCUGGGUUGAUGGAGUGGAAAAGCCGAUGGCGAGUGCGAUGAAGGCUUGGAGUUCUGAGAGGAUGACGGGUACGAGGAGUAAUGAAGUUGCUCCGACUUCUGCAUCGUCCCCUGCUUUGGCCGCGCAGACUGACUCUGGAGCGGGACGAUUGAUGGUGCCGGCAUUCUUGGCUUGGAAAUGA